CCCGGAAAUAGACAAAAAUACGCUCCUUAGUAUUGUUAUGGGUUACAGAUAAUGAAGAAAUAACGCAAGCAUUUAUCUGACUGACGCACAGUAACUACUUUAGGGAAAUAAAUCUAAUACAGUGUAAUGGAUCGAUUAACUUUAAGCAGCUGAUUUUUUGGAAGUUGUUUUUUACUAUUAUGGAUCAGUACACGGUUCUUAAAGUCAUCGGGGAAGGAUCUUUUGGGCGUGCUCUCUUGGUUCAACCCAAAACGGAUCAAAUUAAAUGGGUUAUGAAAGAAAUACGACUACCAAAGGCAGAGGGCGGUAUGGCGAGCGCCCGCAUGGAGGCUGUGCUCCUGUCCAGAAUGAAGCAUCCCAACAUUGUGGCCUUCAGAGAGUCAUUUGAAGAUGAUAGCCAUCUGUACAUUGUUAUGGAGUUCUGUAGUGGAAGUGAUCUUCUUCAAAGAAUGCAGCACCAAAAAGGCUCUCUGUUCCCAGAGGAUGUGAUACUCAGGUGGUUUACGCAGAUGAGUCUGGGCACAAUGCACAUUCAUGAUAAGCGGGUGCUUCACAGAGAUUUAAAAUCAAAGAACAUAUUCCUGACAGACCAUGGCACAGUCAAACUGGGAGAUUUUGGGUCAGCAUGUGCUCUUAACAGUGCAAAAGGUUAUGCCCAGACCUAUGUUGGAACUCCAUACUAUGUGUCUCCAGAGAUUUGGGACAACCAACCAUACAAUAAUAAAAGUGAUAUCUGGUCUUUAGGGUGUGUGCUCUAUGAACUGUGCACUUUGCGCCAUCCGUUCGAAGCUCGUAGCUGGAAAAGUCUAAUUUUGAAAGUGUGCCGUGGGACAUACACUCCUUUACCCAGUCACCUUCCCUAUGAGCUUCACUACUUGAUUAAACAGAUGUUUAAAACCAACCCGAGAGACAGGCCUUCCAUACACACCAUCCUCAGCUCCCACCGUGUGUCCAGACUGCUCCAAAAAUACAUACCUGAAGAGGAACUGCCCAAGAAAGAACCCAAGGAACUGGUGGAAAAACGGGCAAACCAGUGGAGAAAAGAAGAAGGAGAGAAAGUGGCCAUGUUUCUGGCCCAGAAGAGUUUGUUAAACACAUCUACAGCUGAAGACACUAAUUUCAGAACUUCAUCUGAGAAUCGGAUGGGUAACAUAGCUCCCCGAAAGAGGUGGAAUAAAGAACCCUCUAACACAGUGCUGCAGGUCCUCAGGAAUGCUGACAUCAUUUCGUCUGGUGACACGGCAACAACACAGGGGUCUGACUCCACAAAAGUGGGAUUGCAGAAACAGGAGAGAAAGCAGUGGGAUAAGGAUCCACCUGAAAGACUUUUGAGCCUUCUGGAGAAAGCUCCUCUGAGCACAGCCUUCAGCACCUACAUCAUCCACAGGCAGAAUAAUGACGUUCCAGACGGUUUAGAGGAAGUUUAUACUGACCAUUACAGACUGGAACCCCGCUCGGAUGAUGAAGACACAGAUUUUGAGGAGGAUUGUCAUUUCGACUGGCAAGACGAACUGGAGAAAAUAUUACCAACACACUAGAAAUAAAUGUAAUAACUAUUUAA